AUGACAUAUAUGUUUUUUUUGAAUGUAUAUUUCGAUAUUUUCGACACACAAAUUGUUUUUACACAUUUUUUCACAGCCACCUCUUCCACGACUGUUCCAAACCACCAUUCGGUUAAACGUAGGGCUAACAACAGUAGGGUAAAAUCCAAAAGGUUGCGUAUACAAUUGCCGGACGCGAAAAAUUUCAUCGAGAUUGAUUCCGCAUUGAAGCGAGGAGCCGUUUGGUUUUAUCGGAAAAACGUGGAAAAUUUCGCGAGCUAUCGAGAUUUUCUGCGCGCCGUUAAACCCGAGCUGGUUGCCAAACUCGGUGAAAUCACAGCUGUUCGGUCUAUUAAAUAUAAUCUCAAAUUGGAGGCCUCUUACCAUAUACCGCGAUCGGAAGCACCGCCCGAGGACCGUGCCUUCAAGACACGGGCUAGGGCGUUGUUCUCUGACACGGAUAUUGUAGGUGCGGUCAAUGACGAAUUAGAGAUUAUUCUCGCUGAGGAAGACGUGUACUCGGGUAGGGGUAGCGGAUUCACGCUAGCGCAUAUCGACGGACUCAUGCUCAGCGUAUACAAGUAUACGCCCCUCACCGGCUCAUCAUAUAUUCCGGUCCCACCUGAAAUUUUCCAUAGAAAGGCAAUCAUCAACCCACAGAAUAAAAAAGACGAGUGCUGUUUCAAGUGGGCCAUUUUGGCGAGACAUGUUAAGGCUCAUGAUAAAUCUUUCGUCGGUAAACAUUAUUUUGACGAGGAACACAGGUAUGAUUUCACGGAGUUGACGUUCCCCACACCAGUGUCCCAAAUUAAAAUAUUUGAACGACGUAACCCUAACGUGUCCGUCAACGUGUACGGCUUGGAACGGGACAAUGUUAAUAUGAAGUGGUCGGUGUAUCCGCUAAGAGUCGCCGACCAAGAGCAACAAAAUCAUUUUGACCUGUUGUAUAUCGGUGACUCUGACAAGUAUCAUUACGCGUACAUUUCAAAUUUUUCGAGGCUCGUGCGCAGCCAAAAAACGCAACAUCAUGGCCGUAUAUACACUAAUAAACGUCGAAUCCGCUAUUUUGAUAUGCGACAUGCAUAUAUUUAG